AUGCCCCACCAGAUCAGCCGCGCCCACGCCCUCCCCGGCGGUCCCGAACCCGCCUUUGUCGGCACCAAGGAGCUCUUGAUCGAGCGCGCCCUCGCCCGCCUGCGCUCCAUCCCCGACCCGCUCAGCCAGUACGCCUACCUCGCCGGCCUGCGCAGCAAGAACGCCGACGUCUUUUACGGCCUCGUCGGCGGCAACAUGAAGGAGUGCACCCCCAUCAUCUACACGCCCAUCAUCGGCCUCGCGUGCCAGAACUGGUCCCUCAUCCACCCGCCGCCACCGGCCAACGACGACACGGUCCGCUCGCUCUACCUCUCGUACUCGGACCUGCCGCGCCUGCCCGAGAUCAUCAAGAACCUCAAGACGACCAUGCCCCACGACCAGAUGGAGAUCUCGGUCGUCACGGACGGUUCGCGCGUUCUCGGCCUCGGUGACCUCGGUGUCGGCGGCAUGGGCAUCUCGCAGGGCAAGCUGUCGCUGUACGUCGCCGCCGGCGGCGUCAACCCGAAAGCGACGCUCCCGAUCGCGAUCGACUUUGGAACGGACAACGAGAAGCUCCUCGCCGACCCGCUCUACGUCGGCCUGCGCCAGCGUCGCCUCGCCGACGACAAGUGCGAGGAGUUCAUGGAGGUCUUUAUGCGCGAGAUGCACAAGGAGUUCCCCAACAUGAUCAUCCAGUUCGAGGACUGGCACACGACGCUCGCGUUCCCGCUCCUGCACAAGAACCGCGACAUCUACCCCUGCUUCAACGACGACAUCCAGGGCACGGGCGCCGUCGUCCUCGCGGGCGCGAUCCGCGCGUUCGCGCUCAACGGCGUCGCGCUCAAGGACCAGAAGAUCCUGUUCUUUGGCGCCGGCGGCAGCGGCGUCGGCGUCGCCGAGACGAUCGCCAAGUACUUUGAGCACCAGGGCUGCACCGAGCAGGAGGCCAAGGACAAGUUCUGGCUCGUCGACUCCAAGGGCCUUGUUGCGCACAACCGUGGCGACAAGCUCCCGAUCCACAAGCAGUACCUCGCGCGCGCCGAGCCCGACGCGCCGAAGCUCCGCACCCUCAAGGAGGUCGUCGAGCACGUCAAGCCGACCGCGCUCCUCGGCCUGUCGACCGUCGGUGGCACGUUCACCAAGGAGAUCCUCAACCUCAUGGCGACGUACAACAAGCGCCCGAUCGUCUUUGCGCUGUCGAACCCUGUCGCGCAAGCCGAGUGCACGUUCGAGGAGGCGAUCGAGGGCACCGACGGCCGUGUCCUGUUCGCUGCCGGCUCGCCGUUCGACCCGGUCAGCUACCAGGGAAAGCGGUACGAGGCGGGCCAGGGCAACAACAUGUUCGUCUUUCCAUCCCUUGGACUCGGAUCGAUUGUCGCUCGCGUCAAGAGCAUCCCAGAGGAGCUCGUCCACGCCUGCUCACUCGGCCUCUCGACGUCGCUCACGCCCGACGAGCUCGAGCGCGACCUCCUGUACCCCGACAUCGAGCGCAUCCGCGAGGUCUCGAUCAAGGUUGCCGUGACCGUCGUCCGCCGCGCCCAGGAGCUCAAGGUCGACCGCAACGAGGAGCUGAGGCAGCUCGACGACAAGCAGCUCGAGGCGUACAUCCGCAAGAAGAGCUACCACCCGCUCAUCGAGGUCGAGGAGGCGCAGACCUGA